AUGUGGAGUGACCUUGAAGAGAUUGAAACUUGGGUAGCUAGCCCUCGUGGUGCAAGAUGGGUUUUUGGGUCAAGGGUGACCUCAGAGUUCAACCAUAUAAACAAGCUCAAUCUUGUCUACCGAGCACACCAGCUCAUCCAAGAGGGUCUAAAGUACAUGUUUCAAAACAAAGGCCUUGUCACUGUGUGGUCUCUGCCCAAUUAUUGUUACAGAUGUGGAAAUGUUGUUUCUAUUCUAAGCUUUAAUGAGAAUAUGGAAAGAGAGGUCAAAUUCUUCACCAAAACAGAGGAAAACAACCAAAUGAGAGGACCAGGAACAAGAGUACCAUAUUUUUUUUGA